GUAGACACAAGCGCCGGCGCGCAUUGAAAAUGGCGGCGGUCUUGAGCGUAUUGAAUCCACUGAAUUUUCUUUAGUUUUCCUUUCUCUAUCCAAAUGAACAAAGGUGGACCAGGAGCAAGGAGACCUAAACCAGGUCCACGUGGUAAGAGAUAUACUUGACUGUUGUUAGUUGAGUGCAAUCAUGGAACAUCACUCCGAUUCUUUCAGCUGAUGAAUCAAUUGUUAUCAUAUUAGAGCUAAACUUCAGAAUACCUGGCCACUUAUUUUCGUCAUGGAAAAACAAGAGUGCCUAUUUUUACAAGUAGCUGGGUAUUGCAAAGUUACGUUGCUUCUUCAAUCAUUGACUUUCAGAGAUGCCAACUUCUGGAAAUCUAAAAUCUGGACACUCUAUCUCUUGCGCUAUCUCCCCCCCACCUCAAUGUCAACAAACAUAAUCCGGGAGAAUUGGUAUAUAUGAACUUUCCUGUUGGGAAGCUGUUAAUAUUAAUACAGUCCAUCCCCCGCAGAACGGAUUUUUCGUUAGACCCCCCCCCCCACCUCUCGGGAGGAGGGUUUCCCACAGGACAUGUUCAGCAAAUUGAUACAAAGGUAAAUGCAAUAGUUGGUUGUUAAAUUUGCCAAUCUCUAGUAUUGUCGGUAAGGUACAGUGUUUACAGGAAAAAAAGGCCAGUGAUGCAAUCAGAAUUAUGGAAUAAUAAAAGGGUACAGGAAAUACUAACACAAAGACAGCAAUAUUGUGUGAAAAAUCUAUCAGUCCUCCCGAUUUAAUAAUUAAAAGAUGCUUUUUCAGAAAAUGAAAAAUGUAUUUUUUCUCUAUUUCAGCUGUACAGGUACAUGUACACAUGGGUGUUUGUGCGUAUAUGGUUGCUAUGCUCCUGCCUGUUCUGUUCUGUUAUGGGUCAGUCGUCCCCAAAUUACCACUUUCUUGGGUGGUACAUGACUGUAUAGUUAUUUUGGAGGAUUAUCUGCCUGGGAUUUUACACAAAUAAAAUGGCAUGGUUUCAAGUUGCGGACUAUUUUGGCAGUUAGUUGGAAGGGUCUUGAGCAGCUACAAACUUCUUUUGGCUCUGUUUCCCUUUUGUCUCCUUUGAAAAUAGCUGGGGGUCAUACUCAAAGUAGCUAGGUUUCUCAAUCAGAGCCAGUGGCCAGCAAAAUUCGCCAGCUAUUUCAUGUGAACUCUCUACCUACUUUUCUUCGGAAAUUAUCCUCAAAAAAGCCAAAAUUUAAUGAUGUUUGUGUUCUGUUCAAACACUAUAAUUUUUACUCCAGAAUGCUGGAAAUGCACUCUAAGAGGCCCAGCUUUCAAAAUUCUUUAUUAGGUCGCACUUUGGGCGCUUGCAAGUCAGACCUGUGGCGCAAGUUUUUUCCUCCUCUGCCUACUCCAAAGCUUUUACCACCUACUUAAAACCUCAUUGGAAACCCUGAGAAUCUGGGGAAAAUGCCCUGCUCCCAGCCCUUAGUGACAUCCCUGCUGAUGUGUCAUGUAUGAUCUUUGCAAAACAAAGCUUGCAUAAAUCAGUACAUUUUCCUCACUUGUGAAUUAAAUUUGGCUAAAAAAAUCUUUUAUUUUAUCAUUAUUUUUUUAGGUCACCCACCUCCAGGAGAUUUCAUUGCCCUUGGUGAGUUUUAUAAAUAUGCUGUACUGAAUUCCAGAGCAGAAAGCAAAAAGGUCACAAAAGACAAUCGUGAGCAAAAAAAGAAAAAAAUUACCUUGGUUGUCUUACUAUGAGAAAGCAUGAUGUCCAAAUGCAUGUUAACAUCCAGCAUUCCUCCACAUGUAGGGUUUAUGAGGCGCACAAACUGUCCUGCCUUAAUAGGUUGGCGAUUCCAUCAAGGCAGUUUAGGUUAGUGUCCCUUCUUGGGAAUUAUACAAAACAGGGAGGGAGAAUGAAGCUUUCCUGUGAGAAUCUGUGACAGUCAUGUGCUUUAAUAAAAUUAAUAGUCCUUGUUAUCUCAUCAGAUACAUGUACAGUUGUACACCUUUAUUCUUUUUAUUAACAUAUUAUUGUUUUGUGUUUUGUGUUUUUGUUUUAUUAACAGGAAGCCGAGGCACCAGGACCUCUGAGAGUGAGCUAAAACCUCUUCAGCCCCUUAAACCAUUACAACCUCUUAAGCCACCUCAGCCUUUACCACAAAAAAAGCCAGGAAGUUCGUCACUUUCUGAGCGAAAGAGAGAGCCAUCCAGCCCUCUGACGGCUCUUGGGUCAUCAAAGAGGCCCAGGCUCUCUUCUUCUCCUUCAUCAGCCCAUUCCUUCAGAGGAGGAGAUGGUGAAGGUGGGAAAAGAUCUGGAACAAGUACACAGUCUUCACUACAUGCACAGGUUGCUCCUAUUGAAGGUGUGUUUAGGUUAUGGAUAAUUAUUAUAAUUUCCAAAUAUACAUGUAAGCAAUUCAUGAAAAGAAAUCAAUUUUAAGAGAUUUAACAGUCAGUUACUCACCAGUUGAGAAUACUUAUGAACUGGUGUUAAAGAAUGAAAACUCAAUUUAGAUUUUUGCUGUCUUUUGACUUAUACGAUCUGACACUAUUACAUGUACUUUUAACCUCUUUUCUCUAUGAACCCAUUAAGGCAGUUUUGUACGACCAAGAUAAACUUGUACAUUUUACCUUUCUGUCAGUUUUAAAAAUGACCUCCUGUAGAUCCAUUACAUUUAGGUAAAAAGCAAGCCACCUCAGUUUUCUUAGAUUCUAUUGGAGAUGGUUAACAAGGUUUGCCUUUACAGUGUACAUUGUACAUCUUCAUCACUUGCUACGACAAAUCUUGUUAGUGGUCUUUAAAAUUUUCACCCAAAUUAAUCUUCACAAAAUAUAUGUAUUUUGUUGUUGUUGGAAUAGACAUUCAUCAUCAUCAUCAUCAUCAUCAUAUCAUUUUCCCCAAGCAGUAAACAGGGCUGGAAAACACUCCUUUUGGUUACUUAGAUAAUGAUUUGAUGAUUGCAGUUGCUCCAUCUGAACUCGAGGAUCAGGUUCUUGAUGCAGAUGCUAGUGGGAAUAAGUUAAGAGUUGACGCUCUCCUCCUUGGAGCUAUAAAAACCCUUAAAUUGAACAAAGCUAAACCUGAUGCUAUCCUUUACAUGAACUUAAUUUACCUGGCAAAGAGCAAACCCGAGUUGUUCUUAUCCAGCAGAAUAGUUGAGGUGAGUCUAUUACAAGCUAAGAAAGCUUUACUUUUUAAACCCUGAUGUCAGAAUGCAUAAUCUCUUAACUGCUCUCCAUUCAUUACUAUAAUGGUAUUGAUCAUGAGAAGAAUUUGUUUAACAAUCAAGACCUUUUUCAUAUGUUGAUUGUUUCCUAAUGUUUCUCACAAUGUUUAUGUUACGGUGCACAUUGAGCAGUGCUACUGAGAGAAGUUAAGUGUUGGUCACUCUGAGUGGUUAAAGAGUAAAGCAAUAAUGCCAUUGACAAUGGAAACAAAAACAUAAAAAAUUAGUAGGGUUUAUAAAAUAAGCAGAACAACUACUGUGCAUGGGCGUCACAUGUCUUGGUACAUGGACUUUAUUAAUUCUUCUUUGCAAUCAAUCUGCUAGCAUGACAUAGAACUUCCUAGUAUAAAGUUUUAUGAAGGGCGUAAACAUGCACAACAACAUGGAAGUUAAGAUUAUGUCAGGAAUCUCAGAAGUGUAAUUAAAAAAAAACUUAUUUAAGGGAAAUUUCAUCCACCCCCUCCUUGCACCAUGAUGAGGUACAUGUAUGUUCUGUACAUGUAUUUUCAGGAUGCAAAACUGCACAGACAGUGAUACAUAAAUUUUAGCCUUUAACAUUUUGUUUUGUCGCAGGCACUUACAAAUAUACUCAAACGUGAGGGCGGUGGUAUAAAGCCAGCAAAAGGAACAAAUGCUCUGGUACCAACAAUGGCUUGUAACAUUCUACUCUAUGCCUUCCAAGAUGAAGAUGAUUGGCCAGAGUCAUUUGUUAAAGUGUAUGUUGAGGAUGCCCUUGGCGACCGAGUCUGGGUUGAUAAUGAUCAUUGCCGCAGUUUUGUGGAGAACAUAUGGACAGCCUUUGGAACAAAAACAGUGCCAAGAGCAACAUUGGCAAGGCAGCAAAGUGAUCCCACUGGCAAACAAUCAACAUCUGAACAGGCCCAACCUGGUGGAACUCAAGCAGGAGGUUGGCAAUGAUCAGUUUUAUUUACAGUCAGCUCUCUCUUACUGGAUGUCUAGACAAAAAAGCAGACAUCUAGAGUUGAUGCAGGCCUUUCUUAUUCCUCUUAGUUGACUCCCAGUAAGACCGGCAUGUCUCUAAGACAGACACAAAGUGCUGAUCCCAAAGGUGUCCAUCUAAGAGAGAACUGACAGUAUUUUUUCUCCUUUUGUAAAUAUAAUGUUUUUAUGAUGUUUAAUUUAUUGUAAGUGCAAUUGGAGAUAAAAAUGUGACAGUCACUUAAUAAACACUCACUGUGAGUAGUUUUUAUUACAUGUAUAUCUUUUUUAUUUUGCUCUGUACUUGUGUGAGCUCACUUACACAAGCAUCUAAUUGUGUCUUCUGCUCUGGUUUAUUUUGUUUUACACUUAAUAGUUCCACCUAAGGAUGAAGAAGAAGUUGUUGAAGAAAUGGAAACAUCAACAUCACUUGAAGAAGAUUCUAUACCUGUCAUAUCCAGGUCAUUAAGCUAUGAAAUUUACUUUUAAUAUUAUACCUAUACUUAUGCAGCAUACUGUAGCUGGUCAUUAAUAAAUAAAUUAUGCACAACAAAAAUGAAUCUCAAGACUCCAAACUUUAAACUUGAGUUUUGGAACUCAAGACUCAAAGACUUGAUUAAUUCUUACCUCUCAAAACUUAAAGUAUUUGAGCUUCAAGGCAUGAGAUUGAGUGAAUUUAGUCGUACUGUGCAUUGAAUAUUAUACCAGAAUCAAGUAAAGUAAAGUAUCAACUAAAAAACACUUAAGAUGUCCACUGAAAAGGCUGUGAAUGAAAAUUUUGCUGGGAAUCCAAAUUUCUCCAAUAUGUUUUUUUUUUUUGGUGGAGACUAGCUGUCAUGUAAAAAAAUGCAUGAAUUACAUGUACGUACUUAGCUUUGUGUUAACUGGUGUAUUAGCAAAAAUAGCCUGCAACCUGUCUUCAGAACUAAUGCCUUUAGCAACAAAGGAGGUGAGCACAAAGAAAAUAUUAAUGACUUACUGUAAAUGACCCUAUUUAUUGUAUAGACUCAAUUCUUGGGCGAAAUUGGUAGUGGUUUAAUAAGUUCGUGGUUUCCUUGCCAAGAAAUAUUUGACAGAAUUACUUUCUUAAUCUCAAGAAAACCACAUAAAACUAUCUAAAAUUCACUGUUUACUUGUAUUAUUUUUCCUAUUAUCGGGAAAAUAAUAGCACAAUGUAUUUUUUUAUUUGUUGAACUUUCAGGUUCAUGUCAGCUUCUGUUGAACACAACAUCCAGACAUACAUCCUUGAACUUGUUCAUGACCAGUUAACAAGACGUCAGACCUUAGACAGCAUCACACGUAACCUAUUGAAGUUGCUGACAGUCACUUGUGGGUACAGUCAGAUCAGGCUAUUAGUCUCCCAAAGGCUGGAAAUGUGGUUGCAGAACCCAAAGGUAUGCAUUUGUUUGUUUGUUUGUUUGUUUGUUUUUUUUUUCACCCUCAUGUUUUAUCCCAAGUGGUGGUUUAACUGAACUUAGUACAUUUAUCAGUAAAAAUAUCCUUGCAAGGAUUUGAGCUGGAAAAAAGACUGGUUGACCAGUAACCUUGUGAAAAGAAUUCUUCACUCAUAGUGUUGAUCUUGUAGUGUUUCUACAUGCCGUAGAUUAAGCGCCUGUCAUGAGGAUCACUGAUGGCCCUUCACCAUUGUCACCAUCAUCGUCAUCAUCUUCAUCAUCAUUAUCAUAAUAAUAUUGUUGUCACCUUUGUCUUAUUAAAUUAUUAAUUCUCCAUAACUUAAACAUGUGAAUUACACAGUUAAUGUAAAAUUAAUGCACUGUAAAUAUGUUUUGUUGCAGCUUACCCGGCCAGCUCAAGACUUGCUUAUGUCUCUUGCUCUGAACUGUAACAGCCACAGUACCGAGGAUGUGGAAGUAAUUAGCAAUCUAAUAAGGAUGAGACUUAAAACUAAACCACUUGCUAACCACUAUGUGACUUGCAUCAAGUACGUACACUUUCUUGAGUACUUAAUACUUUUUUCAGUGAAGCCAAGUUCAGGAAUUGAGGUCAACCCAAAGUUCACUCACAUAUUAUUGUUGUGGCUUAAUUUUUGUUAUAAUACGUGAUUCAGAAAUAUUUGAAGAAACAGCAUUUUUUUGAGGGCAAAGUAUACCAUCAUGUAGUUACAUUUACAUUGUGAGGCAUAAAAUAAUUAUUUGACUGUAAAGUAAAACUUUGUUUCCUUAUAUAUCACCCUGGCAAAACAUCUGUACCAUGCUGAAAUAAACAUGCAGUUGAGUUACUUAACAAAUAAAGAAGCCUUGACUGUGCUUUGUUCUGUUGUAAAGCACACAGCAAGCGGCUAUAGAGCACGAAAGAAGUGUAGGGGGAAACACAAGACAUAGUCGUCAAGUGUUUCUGUCUACUUUGGGUGGUCUAGCCGCUUCCUUGGUGCCCUUACAACAGAAAAGAACAACAGAAUAAACUAAAUUCCCCAUGUGUUACUGUCUGAUUUUUAAAAUAAACAAUUGGCAGAUGGCUUGACAGCUUUAGCUCCAUGUUUUGUACUCUCAUAAAGCAUGCUUUUCAGCCAAUCAGAGUGCACAUUUUAUCUGAACUUUAUUUUAAAAAGUACUAGAUGUUACGUGUGCAUUGCCUCACAGAUGUCUCACUCAUGUUUCAUUGCUUGCAUACAUCUAUGUGUGGAACUAGGUGUUUCAUGAGUCUUAACGUGUAAUAAUUACAAUUUUGUUAUUGUCUUUUGUCUUACUUACCAGGGAGUUGGCUAACCAGCACUCUGAAAAUUUAGGAACAGUACUGAAGUAUGUGAUCUACAAUGAACUCUCCAAUACUCGCAAUCCCAAUAACAUGACACUGCUGGGGUCUUUAUUCCAGAACAACCAGGAAGUGGCAGCCAAGGUUUGUGAGUCAUAUCAAAACUAGAUUAUCCGUUUUUAAAAGCCUCAUUAUCCACUUUCAAAUUCUCCAGACUGAUCACCAUAAUAUCCUUAAAGAAUUCCUCAAGAGAAUUUGAUCGAAUAUCAAAGCAGUUCCCCUGUGGUGAUCAAUUUAACAAAUCUCAUAACCUUUUUCCUUGAUUAAGAAUUGAUAGAAAAGAAUUCUUGGAACCAUUAAUUUUAAGGGUUUAAGACGAAAUCCAUCAGGAAAUUGAGUAAUUUUAAUUUUCAGUGGACAAAAACCUUGUAUGGAAUAAAUUCAACUUUUUUACAUUUUUCAAGGGCUAAAGAUGUAAUUAGUUAUCUGUAAUGACACCAAAGAAAAUUUUUUAUGGGAGCCCGAGAAAAUAAAAGUCAAAUUUCACAAAAUGACAUCUUACGCAUGAAAUUUUCAGAAUUUUACCUCCGUUUUCUCAAUUCUCGUGAAAUUUGACAUUUGUUUUCUCGGGCCUUGAAAAAUGCAAAAAAGAUUGCAAUAUUUUGUCCACUGAAAGUUAAAAUUUCUCAAUUUCUUGGUGGAUUUCGUCUUAAACCUUCCACUGUGGCCAUCAUUGAUUAUAUUUCUUUCAUUUGCAAAGUUCUCAAUAAGAGCUGGCGGCCGGCAAAAUUCACCAACUAUUUCAUGUGAACUAGCUGCCUUUUGCUCCAGAAUGCUGGAAAUGCUCUCUAAGAGGCCCAGAUUUCAAAUUUUUUCUGGCAUGUUCCUGGACCCCCUGGUAACUCAUGCUUUUGGCACUUGCAAGUCACACCUGUGGCACGAGUUUUUUCCUUCACUGCCUACUGCAAAGUUUUUGCCACCUACUUAAAACCUUAUUGAAAACCCUAAUGUGACAGUGUAAAUAUGGUAGAACAAAAAUUUGUAAGUUGCUUGGUUAAUCUAAUAAUAGAUUAAUACGUAAUAACUUUUUUUCAGCUGCUCGCCAUGGUGUUUCAAGACUUGUUGACCAAUAAGUAAGUAUGCAAACGUUUUUAUCAUUUUGCAACACAGCUAGACACAUUCAGUUUCAGGUUCCUUUUCAGACAGUUGAAGCAUGUAAUUCAAGAGCAUAGUAUCCUGUGUUUUGAUUUAUGACUGUUUAAAUCAAAUUCUUUCUUCUGUCAAGUGCAAAAUACUAUCAAGUCAGAGUAAUUUGUUUUCUAAUUAAGGCACUUUACCUUAAUCAUGUAACUGGUGAUUAUUCAGUGACAUUCAUGUAAGUAUUGGUAUAUGGAGGAAAUAAGUGCAAUAAGUGGUCAAUGGGUGUUUAGUAAAUUUUCUCCUCAUAAAAAUUGUGCGCAGUAAUAAAAUCACCCAUCAUUACAAAAAGGUUUUACUUGUUUUUAGAGAUGACUACCUUCGAGCAUCACGUGCCCUUCUUAGGGAGAUUGUCAGGGCCCUGAGACAUGAUAUAGACUUUGUUGCCUUGUGUCGUGGAUUCAUGAAGGAAAGGACAGAAAGUCAGUUUAGGGACCUGGAAGCUCCCAUAAAGGUAAGCAGUGAAGGCUUUGCAGUUAUGGCAAGUCCACAACUAAAAUGGCUUAUUUAUGUGUGAUUUUAUUAAUAUUUUUUACUUAUUCUUGAGGAAACAUGUAAAUAAAAGUUGAAUUGCCUUAUAUAUACUGUAGUUACAAAACAGUACUGUACCCAAUUUCUUGUGACUGCAGGAGUAACAAAUUGUUAAAUCCAUAACCUUUAAGUAAUGAUCCAGGUAAGAUGGGAAUUAAUUUUUUUUUUGUUAUGGCACAAUAAUUAUAUAGGCUUUCCUAACAUAGGAAUAUUUUCAUUUUCACACAGAGAAUUUAUAAACCUACAAAUAGGUAGUUCAUGAGAUGAAAUGUAUUUAAACUCCACUUUUAAAGGGUGUUUUUUUGUGUGUUAAAAUAUUUUGACCAAUCAUAAGAGUUGCAAAAUAAUAAUAGCUGAGAAUAGUUUUUAAUUAUACAUGUUCCUAACAUGGGAUUUCUGUGUUACUUAGACUCAGACAAGAUUUUGUUAUAUGGAAGUUGGUUAGAAAACAGGGGAUUAAUAUACAUACUGCUUUGUGAAGAUUUCGUUAAAAUUUUAUGUUUAAACCAAUCAGAAGUGUAUUAGAGACAAUGGUAAAGUUAGCGCCUUUCUGCAUUUCAGCAUGUUCUUUGCAUAUGGUUCUUUCCUUCUUAUCUGGACCAUUACUUAACCUGAGUAAAACUUUGAUAUAAGGCUAACAUUUUUACCUUUCUCUCGUAAUAUUCUACAAUAAAAAAAUUAUUAUUAUAUUUAUUGUUGUAGAUUAUUAUUUGCAUUAGCAACUGUGUUCAGCUAUAUGAAGGGCACAACUUGUAGGCAUACAAAACAGUGUACUUCUUACUAUGUGAUGAUAAUAAUUAUUAUAUUUUUAUCAUAUGUUGUAGAAUGUAUUUGUAUGUCUGUUUCAGGAACGUAUGCUACUAUCCUUAGCUGAUCUAAUAACAAUGGCAACCUUUCUUAGUGUCACACCAGCCAUUAAGGAUGCAUUCAGCUCAUCUGCAAGAGGAGAAAAGAGAGGUACAGCUGUACAUUGACAUUGUGUUUCCUUGCUUGCCAUAUUUUGUACAGCCAAGGACAUAACUACUCCACAGAAAGGCUUGUGGUGUCCUUGUGUACCCCCUUUUCCACCAUGAGAAGGUGGUGUCCUAUUUUACAUUUUACAGUUUUAAAGACAUUCAUGACUAUAAUGCUCAGAGCAAAAAUAACAUUUGUCGGCCCUCGUCAUGUUGCUCCGGGGACAAAACAGUUUCAUCUACCAAGCAGUCAAUGACUGGAACAUUUUAUCUAAUGAAGCUAAAAACAUUUCUGACAUUUUACCUUUUAAAAGAUGUAUUAGGAGUAUUUUAUAUUUUAUUUUUAUUUUUUAAUUCUUAAAUUAUUAUUUUUUAAAGUUUUGACAUUUUUAUCAUCAAAUAUUUGUAUGCAUUGUUAUAUCUGUAAUUUUAUUUAAUGCAGCGCCCGGCUGAAAACAAACCUUGUGACGUGGGCUCCCUGUUUAAAUAUCUUAAUUACUUACGUACUUACAUAUUUUGAUAGCCCCCUCUUUAUCAAUAGUAGAAAAUAAUAGCAGAAAUCAAGGGUACAUGUGCAUGUAGAGAUCUUUGUUGUUUUCAUUUUUUCUUUCAGACAUGUCAGGGCUGCAGGAAUUUCAGAAGUCUGUGUCCACAAUCCAGCGAGAUGCUGUCUGGUGGCUCCAUGUUGUUGUUCCUAAAAUGUUCAGCCCCAGUGGAAAAGAUUUCCUUCAUUGGUGAGAUUCUUGUUUGUUGUACUUGCACAGUACUUAGAUAUGGCAUUAGAAAUUAUAUAAAUUACCGGUAUAAAUAAAAAAUAAAUUUGAAAGCCAAAAGAGUCAUGGUGUUUGUGUAUAGUUUAAUGCAGCAGCUGGCAAACUAAUACUGGCAUAGAGGUCUUCUCUGACUAUUUGUAUCUUUGGCCGUCCAUUAUCGACUUCACGCGCACUUUAAAGCAGCUUCUUUCCUUUAAUUCAUUUGUUGCUUAAAACACAUUUUCUUCCUGCCAUAUGUGACCAUUUACCAAUGUCACUGUUUACAUGUACUUGAUCAUAUAUGUUUUCAGCAUGAAUAAGGUACUUUUCCUUGAUCCUGUGGAGACUUAUGUUGGGAAAGACAACUGGCCACCAGAGAAUGAUCGAGGGUAAGAAAAAGAAAUUUAUAUGAACUAAGCAGUUGAGAGGAAAAACGACUGGCAGCAGUAUAUAAUGUUAUUGCAUCUCACUCUUAUCACAAGUGCUUUUAUGUGUACUUAGAUUCACUUGAAGUUAAUAUUGAUCCAUACACUCAAACUACAUGUAAGGACUACUUUUAGACAUGUCAAUUAUUGUGCUGUAUUUGACACUGGUCAGUAUUCCUUGUUGCAGUAUAGAUACACUAUGUACAGGGCUGUGCUAUGGGAAAACUGAAAGGGAGCCCAGUGAUCUGAAGCCGUUCUCUGAAAUCCAGGGUGGUCAGGAUAUGAUUUCUAUAAAGAAAUACAGUUGUACAAUUUUCUAGUCGUCCAGUAGAAAAAGUUAGGCGUCAGUGGCUAUCAGGCACUGUUAACAGAACAGCCCUAAACUGUGUGUCUGGCAAAUCCAGAUGUAUCUAUCAUCAUUGCUCUGAUUCUUGCUGGUACAUGUAUUCCACAUUUUCGUCUAAGUCACUUUCACUUCACUAGUUGACUAUGGUGUAAAUUUGUGUGGAGGAAAUUUACAUAGUAAUUUAGAAAGUUUGCUCUUCUUCCUUUCAAACUGUUUUUAUUACUCAACUCUUCUUCAUCCAUCAGUUUAUUACUGAGUUUAGUCACAGAGGUUCCCCUUCAAGAGGAUACCUUAAUGAGGACCAUCAUAAUUGGUCUGUCUAACGAGCUGCCCCUAACUGCACCUGAGACCCUUGAAAUAGCUGAUUCACUGGUGAGAAGAGUAGCAGCUAUAAAAGUACCAUCAGCGUGGAUGCAAGGUUCACAGUCAGGUCAGCUGAUCAUGGUUGAUGUUAUCCAUUACAUGGAAUCCCAACCUCUUGGUUCUGAUUUUGAAAGUGCAAUUACUUUUGUUCUUGAAGUGGAUUCUUUUAAAAUUUGUCAAAUUUAUGUGUACAUGUACUUGUGAAGCUAGGGAAAGGCAGUUCAAGGUGUUGGUUUAAAUGUUCAUCAUAUUAUUCUCCACAUUAUUUAUAAGAAUUUACUCAGGUAAUUUUUAACUCCUUUUAAACAUCAGGUCAUUACUGUGUGCAUUUAAUUUUUCAAUAGUCCUUAAAAUUUUGAGAUAAGAUGAGGUAAAAUAAUUUUAUUAGUAUUUUACAAUGUAUUAAUAUUUAUUGAUAUCUAUACCACUUAUUCCCUGCUUUAGAGACGACAAGGAGACUGGGCCGAGUUAACUUUUGCAAAGGCUUCUGGGAUGGUUACUGGGGACAUUUCGGUCAGCCAUUGGCAAAUUUUUCCCCUGUACCCAGUAAUCAUCCCAGAAGUCUUUGCGAAAGUUAACUCGGCCCAGUUUCCUUCUCAUUUGUAAAGUAGCGAAUGUCUGGUCAUGCCCCGUAUCUUUCACAGGGAACCCAUUUCUUUCUGUUAGUCGUUUGGAGCUGUUAGAUGCUGUCCUCAAUCUUUGUGCUUAUCACCAUCCCAAAGACAUUAUCCUACCUGCAGGGUAUGUAAUUAAAUAAUUGCUAAGAACCUUUUGGUAAAUCUUUUUGGUGAAUCUAACUGGAGUACUUGGAGGCAUAUUUGACAUAACAGGGAGCUUAAGCAACAACAGGGCGAUGCUCAAUAUACUAAGUCAAUAUAUGUACUGUUGUGUUGUUCUAUUGCAUGAAGUUUAUUGUGUUACGAAACCUGUAUUAAGCGGACACCGUAUUAAGCGGACACCCUCUAUUAAGCGGACAGUAGCCGAAGUCCCCAAAUUUAUUUCCCUUAUUUACUUUAAAUGAAACCUUUAUUAAGCAGACACCUCCAUUAAGCGGACGCGGACGCCUAAAAAGUACCUGAAAUGGUCAUUUCUAUUGUUGCCAACUUGUAUUAAAUGGACGCUUGUAAUUAAAUUCCACCACCCAACACGCCAGACACUGGAAAUGCGAAAGAUUGCCUCCAAUUGCCACCCACAAAUUUUUCGAUUUUUACAUUAAAAAACGUGACUUGACGAACUUAUUUGAUUAGUUCCACAGUACAGGAUUGUUUUCUAUUUCGUUUUGUUUGUAUAGAGCUUGUUUCACUCUUCUGAUUUCUUCAAAUUUGAGUUGCAAUCCAUGUUUAUGGUACUAUGAUCAAUUGGUUCACUUUGAUAAAGAAAUUAAUGCAAAAGUCUAUCGUCAUAGUCUCUGGGAGUAUUAUAAACGCUUCCACUGUUCAUUUGAAUGGCAUUUGACACCUCAUAUGACGUUAUCUAUCGAAACCUGUAUUAGGCGGACACCCUGUGUUAAGCGGACACCACAGCAUUGCCCGAGGUUCGCUUAAUACAGGUUUCACUUUGUGUAACAGCUCAGGAUCAUUAUUGUGUUCUUUGUGAUGUAACUCGAGACUUACUGUUCACCUGGUAUGUGGUGCACUAGCCGAAUGACGACUACAACUGCAAUGUGAAUGGCAAAAAAGCAAUAGGUUUAGAUAAGCAAAACAACUAAUCUACAUGUGCAGAACACUUUUUUGUACAUUUCUUAGGUAUCACUAAGUGAUGUUUUCAUAGCCUUUGCUGUUGAAAUGUCCGUUAUUCAUAGGGUAGAUACAAAACUCAGACUGGAUCAGGUCAUUUACAUAUAGGGAAACAAUGGGAACUAUUGUCUGGUAAGUAUGUAAAUGAGGUGAUCCCGUCCAAGUUUUGUACCUACCUGUUAUUCAUGCUCACUUGUCUUACAUGUUAAGUCACUAAGUUAUAUGUGAUUUAAUGUUUAUUUGACAGCUAUACUGCUCCUAAAUUAGCAAUUGCUAAUUUAUACUGGAAAGGCUGGAUUUUACUUGCCAUUGUUGCAUCACUCAACCCAUCCACCAUAGGUAAGAGUUACUAGGUAUUCUCGAUGCAUAUAUGAUGAGCGUGUCUCAGAAACAUGCCUGCAUUUUACCAAUCCCAGAGUUCUCGGCAGUUGGGGUCGAUUAUGAUCCUUUGCAGUCUUCUGCACCAAAUUUGGGCAACAUGGUGCGAAUUCUCGCAGUUUGAUGGGAUUGCCUGCAGGAAGCGCUUUUCGCACCUCCCACCUCCCCUUAUGGCAGUGACCAUAUCAUCAAGGUUCACUGCAUGUCUUUACCAAGUUAGCUGUGGAUUGUUCCCAUAACUUAGUUUAGCGUGAUGUUACAAAGAUAUGGAGUGACAAUAAAUUACUAAUAAAAGGCAGCUGAUGCUUUUAGAACAAUGAAAAAAUCCUGUGGUUAGUCGUAACUAUCAAAUGGAGCAGAAAGCAGUUUGGCAUCCUACUGAUAAACAGUUGCUACAGUUAGCAUUUUAUUUUGCUGGAGCAACAAGGAUUUAGUCUGUCUGUAGAAGGCACAAGUGUAAUAACCCUUUGUGGACUGUAUAAACAAUUCUAAAGGAUUUGCUAUGGGUAGGCUAUGCUAUAGCAAUUUUCUGUGGCCUAUCAUAAAUUUUGCUCUUGAACGGUAAAGACAAAAAUUAAUCUUUUUGUUCUUUUCUUUGAUGAGCAUACUAAAUUUUGUGGGUUGAAGCUUUUGGGGUUCAUUUUUUUCUGUAAGCACAGCCUUGAUUUGUAUAGAAUGUCACGGUAAAAUCCAUUUCAUAGCUCAUUUUGCAACUACGAGCAAAAAAUGAAUAGGGAAAUGAUGAGGUAAAAUAUGACAAAAAAUGUUGUGGUUUGGUAAUUAUUCAGGGUUGAUUUUGUUCUUUGGAUAAUGUGUGGCGUUAAGUUAGAAAAUUGCUGAAGUAAUGAUAUCAAACAUGAGGUCACAUCCAAAUACACCAGAAAGUAGAAUUAAGAAACUAGGAACAGCUUCUUUAAACCGACUUCAAGAUAUCUUUAUGGGAUGAAAUUUUUUUUCAAGUGGUUUCCUCUCGAGUGCUUUUCUUCUAAAGUAUUCUUUUGACUGUCUUUUGAAGAAAUUCAGGGCAAAGUUCUCAAAAUUUUAUGAUGAUUGAAGUGGUCUUCAAAUCUCUCUCAAAUUUUGGGAACCAAAUUAAUCCACAAAACCGUAUCACAGUUACUUGUUUCAUUUCCAGGUCACUCUGGAUGGGAAAACUUUCCAAUGCUUAAGUGUAUCAUGGAAAUGCUGAUGACUAAGUAAGUACAUUAACUACCACAGCUCUAUGAAAUUAUGUCUUAGAUAAUAACCUACACCGUAUACAGACUUUGCUAUUUAUCUGUAGGGAUCAAAGUUACACUCAGGUGCUAUUUGAAGGGUAAGUACUUCAUGUCAAGCCAACAUAUAGUGUCUCUUACGUGUUCCACAUUUACCUACUUGAGCUUACUUAGGUGCUUUCCCUACUUAAUUUGCGUUCCUAAGGAGACCCUUAGGAGACUAUAUGUUGGCUUGACAUGAAGUACUUACCAUUUCUAGUCAUCCCAGUAAGGUAGAAGGUAAAGGCGCACAUGAGCCAAAGGCCAAAGGUGAUCCCAGAUAUGGAUUUAACUGAAUAUCCCACUGAAGAAACCCGAGAGAAAAAAGGUUAAAGCUUUGGGUGCACGAUUUCUGGGCUCGUUUGGGUGGACAAGCGUUAGUUAUGAUUGGUCGAUGGUUUUCAAACCAUCGAUCAACCAAUCAUAAGUAACGUUUGACCACCCAAAUGAUGCCAGGAAUUGUUUUGCAAUCAAUCGAUCUACAUACAGAAAAAUAAAUUAAAGGUUGACACUUUGCAAAAAAAAUAGAAAACGACAAAAGCUUAAGAUUAUACACUCACUUAUUGAAAUAAAAUAAAUUAUUAUUAAUACACAAAAAUAGUUCUUACACCAAUAUGUUCGCCAUUUUAUUGUUUCUUUUCAUCGACAUGGCCGUCAUGACGUCAAUUGAAUAAACUCGAUAGAUGAAAUCUUCAUGAAUCUUGUGUUCUUUUCGCUUUUAGCAAUUUUACAUUUCCUCCGCCAACUGUUGCUGUAACAAGCGAGGAGAAAGAUGAGAUACUUUCUCAAGAACUUCAGGUAUACGUCGUUGUAAUUUACUCUUGCAACAGUAACUGCAGCACUCUUGUCUUCUGCCAGUAAUUUUCUUUUGCUCUUAACAUGAAAAAGCAGUGGAGACAGAAUUCCUGGAAUCUUUUAUUUGGUUAAGACGGGGUUUUCUGUCUGUUUGUUUGUUUGUUUUUUUGUUUGCAGCUAGCUCAAGCCGAAAAGGAGGAAAUCCUUUUAUUUGAGUCACACCUGGCUGCAGCCACUACAAAGGUGACAAUUACAGAGAGCAACAGCUUGUUACUGAGUCAGUUGAUCAGUAUGGACCCAGUGUAAGUCAACAAAAAUGGUCACGUUUGUAUAGCCUGCAGUGCAGACGCAUUUUAUGGGCAAGCAAACGAUAUUUUUUUCCUAUUUGAAGUCACCAUCUUUUUAUCAAAGCCGAGGGAAAAGGGGAGAAAACAGGGUUUUCAGUGUAAUUGGCAUUACCUGGUCUGGGCAUUAAGAUAGUAGGGGGCGGUUUUCAAAUGGUGGGGAUCGAGGUAAAUCGAACACAGAGAAAACGAGGGGAGUCUUCCCUCGUUUUCUUUUCCUCGUCAAUUUUUCGCCCGCUCUACUAUCUGAACGCCUGGAAGAGGCUAAAUGGGCAUAAAGCUAAGAGAACACUCCCUUUCUUGCGCCCAUGUGACUCGCACAUACCAAUCAGCACGUAAUGUAAUUUGGUGCCACCCUCCUUCUACUCGCUCACAUACAUACUCUCUAAGGAAAAACUGGACUGUUGUAGGCGAAAUUAUGAUAAAGGAUACUGCAGAAAGGAGGUACACAAUUAUCCUGGGUAACCCGGUUUCAGCUUCUAUGGAGUAUUUUCCCAGCCUUCCUAGUUCAAUAGAAUUACUUUGAGUCCUAUAACUUCACAAAAACGAUCGAUAAGUUGUAUGCACUCAUGAGGGGAACAAUUGUUUUUCCUCCCAAAGUAGCUGUAAAAUAGUUGCAUAUCUAACGAAAAAAUGGAAUGUUUACUUUGUAAAAAAGUCUUAGUUCACCCAAUCUCUUCACUUUCUUUCUCUGUCACUAGUGGCCCUGGGCGACGCCCAUCCCAGACUGUAAUUGAUCAGCUGAAAGCUACAAACAAGAGUCUCAAACUAGGUCAAAGACUUUGCCGCAGUCGAUCACCUGAUUUCUUGUUAGAGAUUAUCCAGAGACAGGUAAGAAAAUUUUCAUGUGAUCGCCGGUGGCCAAGUAUAAUCAGUGUUGUUUUUAUUUGGAUACCAUGCGUAAGAAAAUGUUGUGAAACCUUUAACUGCAACUGCUACGUUACACAGGGUAACCAACGUAGCGACCCUCGUACAGUUUACCCAAAGCCUAUCAUAUUUUCAAGAUGGCGAAAAUUUGGCAUCGUUUUUCUUGUUUGCUUUUGUGUUCAGUAAUCGUUUCUUUGUGAACGGGAGUUCAGCCUGCAAGUUUUCUGAAUGUGUUUAGAUCACAUUAGUUUCGUUUAGGGAGACUAAAAGUUCUUUAAUGUGGAUCCAUGAGGAGGAAACCCAAUGUCGGUUUUAUGCAGGCGUCCAUAUUAAAGCUAAGAGUCUGUAUAAACGCUUGGUUUCUUUGGGACCAAAUGUACAGGAUGUCAUAAGGACGUGUAGUGUUGCAAGAUUUGGGUCUUCGAUUGUUUGGACACUUGUUUAUUUUCCUUGGUGGUAUUCGAAUCACGAAAGUUCUACAUUUUGCUUAUCCUUUAGUUGGUACUCUAAUUUCAGGGUACAUCCCAGAGCAUGCCGUGGCUGGCAGAGCUUGUUCAAUCUUCAGAGGGCUCGUUGGAUGUACUACCCGUGCAGUGUUUGUGUGAAUUCUUGCUACUGGAGAAAACUGGCGAAAAAGAUAAAGAAGAAGGUUUCUCUAAAACACUGUCAGAGAAGAGAAUUGUAAGUAGUAUAGGACGCAUGUUUUACUCCUAGUUUCUGUGUUGGAAUCUCACCAUAAAGUGAAAGCUCAUAACUUACUGUCUUGAUUUCCGUAAUACAAUGAGGGGGAGGUCAUGGCGUAUUGUCUAGAUCUCUUCCACAGAAUAAGGAGGAAUCUCUUCUAUUACAAUAAAAUUGACGAUCUUAUAGCCCUUUAUCUUGAUCACUAUCAUGAAACGAAGGGGAAUAUCAUGUGAUUGAAUUUGCUAGCAUUUUGGAUGUUGCGAUCGUGAAAAGCCUAAACACAAAACAGUUAACUAUUCCCACACCACAAUAUAAUAGGUAACCAACAAUAGCUUUGAUUGUCCAUGGCUUCAGUUAAUUAAUUCGUGGCACGAUAGCAGUAUGUAUUAAUAUGGGCAGGUGCAAACUUGUUCUACUCGCGAUUCCACAUACUACUGGGAGUUUGUCGAAGUCCGAGAAUGGGUUCAAGUUCUUUUGCAGAAAGAUAGGUAUCUCGAGAUGUCACAAAGCGUGAAAAACCAAGUAAACCGUGAAAUGACCAUUGAUUACCAGUUUGAAAACGCCCUAAACAGUCGCAACAAGAUGAUUCACUGGCAAAUAUUUCAUUUUUGUUUGUAGGGUAUUCAGCGCCAUGUCCUGGGUCGACUAAGGUCUUUGCUGUUUGGUGAUAAUGCUGAUGCAGAGUCUACAGGCGAGGUGCUGGAAUAUUUUAUGAGGAGAUUGUCCAGUGUACAAACCGCCGAAAGAGAUUCAGCAGUCAAGGUAUAAAGCGAUCAAAUGUAAAAAAAAACUGUCUUAUAGGAAAGUACACUUAGCUUAUCCAGCAUGUUUACUCCUCUUAAAAAGUUAGUAGCAAAAAAUUCAAAUAAAAAAUACCUGGAUUUAAAACCCCAACUGGCAGGCGAUAACCAGUUGGUUACCGAGGAAUUUGAACUUGUUACGAUCGAGAACAAAUCCAGCAGCAAAUGGUCAGAGUAGAACUCGAACCCGGGACCGCCGGAUGCGAGUCCGACGCGCUGACCACUUGACCACUCGGCCACGCUGCCUCCUUAUUGACACAUUUGCCCUUUUCUUCAAGGGCCUGGAACUAGUGUUAUCCCAGGAUACAAUUCAAGUGGAUGAUCACGUAACGGUCGUUUGUGAGGAGGAUCUGGAGGGGAGUGCUAUGGUAACCACAGUGGAAGAACUAUUUUCCCCAUCAUUCCCUGCAGACAGCACAGUAAGCAAGACUUACAAGUGGUUACUGCAGAAUUUACAGAGCUUACCACACUUUGAAAUUGUGCGAGCAACGUGUUGCUUUUUUCUCAGACAGGUGAGCCUUUUAUACGGGCAAUUCAUUAUUGCAACGGUUUUUGGCUGUCCUUAAAAGCAAGGGUCCCCAGUAGGUUUUUCGGGAUCCGGGAUUACCCUUAUUUGACGCUCGGGAUUCGGGUUUUCCCUUAUUUGACGCUCGGGAUUCGGAAUUUCCUUAUUUGACGCUCGGGAUUCGGAAUUUCCCUUAUUUGACGCUUGGUAUUCGCGAUUUCCCUUACUUGACGCUCGGGAUUCGGAAUUUCCCUUAUUUGACGCUCGGGAUUCGGAUUUUCCCUUAUUUGACGCUCGGGAUUCGGGAUUUUCCUCAUUUGACGCUUUGGAUUCGGGAUUUCCCUUAUUUGACGCUCGGGAUCCGGGAAGUUCCUUAUCUGAUGCUCGGUAUCAAAAAAAUGAGGGCGAGAUGCGGGUUUGAAAUGUGCGCUGGAUGCAGGACGCUGGAAACAACCUUCGGGAUAAAGGGAUUGAACAAAAUUUUGGGUCAGGAUCGCGGAAUCCUCAAAAGCGUCGUAGCUCUUAUUGAUAUAGAUGCUUCUCCAAAGUUAACCAAUUCUCAAACUUUUAAGAGGCAUGUGACACCUUUGGGAGCAUAGUAAGAGGUCUCUAAGAGGCGCAAUCUCUGAAAAAAGUUACUAAGAUCGCAUCUUUUUUUGGAGGGGGAGGGUGGUGUGGAAGGAACACGUAACGUAGCCCUAAGAAACUUUACAUAGAAUACAAAGCACCGGCUUCUCAGAUCUCUUAUUUGUCUCGUUACGCUCUGUAAAAUAUAUGAUUUAUUUUUCUUGUCAAUUAAUUGUUGGCUACCGAUAUUUUUGUCGUAGUCCUGCCAAGUGGAGAUAAUUCCCGAGAGGACACAAGCGUAUCUUAUGUUUCUGGCAGAACACGCUACUGAUAACGGUGAAGAGGAGUUUUUGGCAACAGUUAUUGUGAGUAGAGUUGAUACCUUUUACUUUUUGCUAAGAAGUGCUGAGAUUCUUGUCCUGGGUCCCCAACGGACUUAGCGAAUUACCGGAAGUGGGUUUCGGAUUUCCUUUCAUCUUGAUUGGCAAAUCGACGAUGACAUUCAUGGUGCGUACUCAAAUCCUGGUACACAAGUGGAGGCCCAGAACAAGGGUUUCAGUGCUGUUUCACAGACUGACUUACCAGAGUUAAUUUAGUUUAGUUUAGUUAGUUGUGAAAGGCAAAGUUUGCAACACGUUGGAGCUGUGUUAUUUUGCAUUAUUCGGUUUACAUAUAUUCCAGGCCCCAGUUGUUCCAAAGCUGGAUAGCGGUACCCAUCGGAUAAAUCUCUACCUAGUGGAUAAGUAUUAGAAGAACCAUUUGCACUAUCCACUGGAUAGAGAUUGAACAACUGGGGUCAGGAGAUAUUUUUUUGGCUGCAUGCGCAUGCGCGAUAGGUUUCGCAUAUAGUGAUUUUAUUGGGUAAAGUAUUAGUCAUUUUGGGAAAGUGGUUACGUUGCUUUCGCGAGGUGGUCGCGCUGAAACUUAGACUGCAUAGAUUUAAGAGAAAAGUCUUUCCCGUUACAAUUUUUCAGGACAUCGCCCAGUUGAUAAUCGAACGUCCCACAAUCAUGAGCCCAGUUUUGGAAGAGGGUAUCGCUGGUCAAGAAACUUAUCAAGCUCUGCUAAGAUUGUACACUACAGCUUUACAACAAGCCGUUAAUAUGCAGGAAGCAAACUUCUCCUGGGUAAGCCUUUGAACCCUUUUCGUAGUAAUUUUACACUCGAUCUUAACCCUUUUUAGUGGUAAUGAAUAUAACAUUCUGAAAAAGAAAUAGCAAACAGCGGAGAACCUUCGUGAUUAAGUCAAACAAUGUGAGUGCAUGUUGUCUGGAAAAAAGACCUUAAAUAAUUUCAUUGAUAUCAAAACCAAGGCAAAAGCAAAUCAUUUUGAAAUAAGUUUUAUCGUAAAAGUAUUACUAAAAUACAGUUCUCUGAAGAGAAAAAUUCCUGCAAUUCUGCGGUAAACUGGUAAGUCGCUUACCAUUAUGGUUUCGACAACCCCACUGGAUUUUUCUGUCAAAUGGUAAGCAUCCCAGAUGAGCCAUUUCACUUUUUUCAGUGUUAUCAGACCACAUCUAUUUUGUAUAUAAAGAAAGAAGUCAGCUUUUACCAUGAAUACAUUUAACUAAUUACUAUUGAUCGAUAACUGGAGAUUUUCUCUAAGAUUUUUUUGCUCUUUGUUUUCCUUUAAUAAUUCUUCGUUUAUACAUGUAGCUAAGAUUCAAUUUAGUAAACGUUAACAAACGUCUCCUUGUAAUCAUAGGACAGGCCCUAGGGAUUAAGGAAAUUAUCGGCCACGACAAAUUCAAUCUUCAUCUACCUUAUUAAUUGCAAAAAGUUGUACUAUAAAAAUACGAAGAAAUCGAGGGCCGUGGACUGUCUAGAGUGAUAUGGUGUGAAAUGUUAGUUUUGCUUUUCUAUUAAUACAACAGCAAGAAAUGUCGGAUCAGUUAUUUAUCCAGUGGUCCAAGGACACAGAGUAUGCCGGGGAUGCGGCCACUUUACAUGUGUUGGUUAUACAUGCCAUGAUUGUUCUUCUCACUUACGGAGAACCAAAAGGUGAGCCAGUCAGAUUUGUUGCCUUGUUCUGUUACUUGCAUGUAACUUUGCAUCAAUAAGUAAUCCGAAUCAGAAAGAAUUGGAAAUCCGCUCUUUUAAAGACUCAGGCUAAAUUUACACUGUACGGGCCUCAUGCAAUGUCCUUAUACGAUAAGGCGGUCGUAACGCAUUGCAGAUACGGUGUCAUGUUUAACAAAACUAACAGUAAGUCGUUGUUGCAGAAUAAAAACUUAACUGCAUUUUAAUGGCAUAAUUUUGAUACAUUAAAUUCAUACCUGGCAACAAGGCAUAGGGAAGUAAAUCAUACGAAAAAAAAAGGAUUAUUCAUGCCUGAACUACGAGGUGAUUUCUGUUGUUCUAUUCGCCCAAGCCUUGGAGCCAAAUAAGAAUUCUAAUUUAUCAAAAUUGGUCUUCUUCAGAUUGGUAUAUUUUGUGUGUGCAACCUCGAGUUUCAACUUUUUAGUGAAGCUUUCAAGAUUCGUCUUAACAAUACAUGGCUUACUCAUCCCUACUGAUUUUUUUCUUUUCCUUUUUUUAAAUUCAUACAGGAGACACUAGUGUAUACAUGGCUCUACUAAAUGCUUGGUGUCCUGAAAAUGGACAAGUCAAGGUUUAUCUUACUGACACUGGAGAAGAAGCUGUACUGCUGCAAGAAUGGCUCAGACUGCGCAUGAUCAGGUCCCAGGUCCCUAGGGUAGUCGAUGCAGGUAAGCUUUCGGUAAACUGUGCUUAUACAGGAUACCCACGCGGCUAAACUGGAAAGCCAGUGCACAUAAAUGUAAGCGCGCUAUUAAGGCGCCGUGCCAAAAAACUUUUCGUCCAGUAAGAAAGAAAUAGAAAGGGAUCGUUUUAAGAGAAUGAACUAAAUUGGCAUUUUGUUUGUCAGGAUAGGGCCCUCUAGAUGUGAACUCAAUUAAACGUUUGAGUUUUGUUUUUCAGCCUUGAAAGAGUUGAUGCCAUCUCAGCUGGUGUUGUUUGCCCAGUCGUUUGGAAUUCCUGUCAACAGUAUGAGGUAUGAACUUACAGAUGCUGUUUGUUUGAAGCCGGGGGUUUGAAAUCAUUUGGGAAACAGAAUGAUAGAGUUAUAGUGAUCAUAUCUGAUCAAGGAAAUAGUUCUGCGUUUCAGAUUAGCUCAAAUCCCCCGUUUAAUUCUUCAUAACCAAGUAACUGCUAACUUUAGAAGACGUUUGCAAUAUAAGAUAGGUAUGCCUAUGCACGCAGCUGAAAUUUGCAACAAAAAUGAUAGAAAACUCGUCAACUUAGUGAAAAGCAGUAAAAGUGAAAGAUUGGAAGGGCCCUGACUAAAACUGCGAUUUUUGCGAAAAAUUGCGAAAAAUUGGAAAAUCCGCAAACAUUAGAAAAUGUGUUGAAUCAGUGAAAAGCACGGGAAGAAGAGGUUGAGUUAAAAUGUCUAAACAGUAAAAACUCAGAGCCCAAAGCCAUCGAGAAAAACUGCCUCUCUGCAGUCGAUUGUUAACAUUUUUGUGCUUCUGCUUUUCAGCAAACUUCUCCAGCAGUUGGACAAAGCUGCUCAGGAGGACCCUGUUGGGAUAGAGGAAGCCGUGUUAGACAAAGGUUAGUGAGAUUGUCGCUUAAAUUAAUGAAAGAGCGUCAUUGGAUUGGCUUUGAGGGAUAAUAUUAUACCGGCUGUAUCUGUUAGAGAUUAAGCUCGAGUGUCCUGCCGUUGGGGCCGCGAAUUCCCCUGGUAUGGGAUUUAGUGCGGGUGUCAAUAACCAGCGACUCAUUUUCAUGUUCAGUAUCUCCUCUUAAGUUACAGAUUGUGUUUGUUUCUUUUUUCCUUAGCCAAAACAGAGAACGACAAUUAAAUAUCCCUAGUCGGCGUUUUACGCACACAUGUUUGGUUCCCCUCUUCCCUCAAAGAAAGUAAUACACAUGAAUUCUUUUGUUACUUUUAUUUUUGUUAUCGAGACCUUUAAGACGAGGACGACUACGAGUCCGAGAUUUUCUCAAUACUAAGUAGUGCUCGCGCGAGAACCAGCGUCAUUUUGGCGGGAAAACGUGAUAGCCGUCGCCAUUCCACUACGAGUUUUUGCGAGAUUGCCGUAGUGGCAGGAAACAAGUUAUCAAAUGUUAGAAGUUUUAUCAUUCUGUGACCGGUAGAGGGCUUAACCUCCUUCAAUAAAGAUAACAGUGCUAAGUUAUCUGGUGAAUCAAUAGUACAAUGAAGCUUUCCGGGCUGUCUGUUUUUUGAGAAUACGCGAAAAACCUGCAGUCAAAUCUCGUACUCGUAGUUGUUCUCGUCCUGACAAGUUUUGGUGAAAAUGUCGUUGUGUCGCAAACAAGGUAUCAGCGGUUAGAAAUUUUAUUAUUUUGUGAUCGAGAAAGGGCUUAACUUCCUUCAAUAAAAACGACCGUGCUAACUUUUCUCAUGAAAAAAGUACAAAAGGUUGAGUUUGAUCGUCCGGGUGAACGUAGUCCUGAAUAGGACUGUUGUUGUUGACAGUGACUGACGUUUCGACAACCUGUGCGGUAGUCAUCUUCAGAGUCAAAGUGAGUUGCAUCACGUCAGUGAGUCACGGACGUGAUACAAAAAAGUACAAAAAAGUACAAUGGAGUUUUCCGGGGUGUCGAUUUUUUUAGAAUACGCAAAAAAUGAAAAUUCGCCCUCGUCUUCGAAUCUAAGGGUCUCUCCAAAUUCCAAUUCGUGCUGGAGCAUGGUAGACGAAGAAGCACUUUAUGGGUUUUUAUCACCACUGAGGCGUUAUUUAGUUUAAGUCUUCCUUGAGUGCAUUUAUUGUCUUGUUUAGGUUACAUGGUUCAGCUUGUUGAAGUUCAGCAGCUCCGUGGAGCUGUUGGUGGGGACAUGUUCUGCUGUUUACUGACCGAGGAACCACCUUCUAAGAAAGAAAGUAAGUUUUCAUUUCUUUGUAAUAGUCGUGGUUACGCAUUCAGGGGAGAAAAUCAAUUUCUCGAAGUGUUUUUUUUUCGCAACGCAUUUUCUGUGUUGUUUAAUAUUCUGAGGUAGACGCGGUAUUCGACUCGUACAGUGCGUCGCUUAUGCUGGAAAUUUAAUAACUAGUCACUGAUUUGUCGUGAAACUAAGAAACCCGAGACAAACAUCUCGACGUUUCGGUAGCUUUCAAGGUUGCUUCCGUGGGAAAUACUAGCGUAACCGUAGUUAUGUCCCACAGUAAAUGUUCAUUGGGAAGGUGCAGUCACACAUGCAGUUUUAUCAGAUCGUUCACGUAGUGAAAGGCCUUGUCCGCACGAAAAGGCUCAUUUUAAACGCAAUAAGUUUCUCCCAUUGUAUAGCCUUUUUGCAUGUUGUUAGCUAUCCCAGAAUUUGGACCAAGACAAUUGAGAUUGCCGUCAAUUAGCCUGUGAACAGCCUCUCCAUUUGAGGAAACGGGGCUAAAUAUCGGACGGUAUUGGAAGAGGGGGAGUGGGUGGGGCCUUUCCCCUCUCCCUGGGAAGUGGGCGGGGCCUUUCCCCUCUCACUGGUAAGUGGGUGGGGCCUUUCCCCUCCCUUGGGAAGUAGGUGGGGAAUUUUCCCUCUCCUUGGGAAGUGGGUGGGGUUUUUUUUUCCUCUCCCUGGGAAGUGGGCUGGGCCUUUCCCUUCUCCCUAUAACUAGCUAGUCUUUAUCCCUUUUAUCCCUACCCAGGAGUGUGGUCCCAGGCUAUCCAGCAAAACGCGAACGACUUUUGAUAUACGUUUAAAAUAGAUUGGAGGGAGUAGGGAUCUGUAGCAGGCAGAGAUCUUCCGGUCUAAGUUGUUGCCGAGACAAUACGACACAGCCCACCAGCCCACCUAUCACCUAGUUCACCUAUCACUAGGAAGGGUCUGUGGCGAGGAGUACAUGUGUCUUCAAAGAUUUGCCAAACCUCUAACUCAGUUUUGAUCAGCAAAGGUGGCGGGCAAAUCAAAGAUGGUUCUUCCCAUGCGAUGACGAGAGCGAACAACAUUAUCUUAUUAUUUAACGACAAUUUAGCCAAUUUAGUUAUUAUUACACCAGAGGUUUUGUCUAAUUUGCAAUUCGUAUUUUCGAGUUUUCCUGCCCAUUCUCAUAACCAGCGUUGUCUCACAGGUGCAGAUUUGGAGUCCCUAGAUGGUGGUAUAACUCCCUUACCUCUCGCUACUGCUGCUCCGUCUCUACGUCCUAAAGACGCGUCAAUGAGGUUUGGCAUUUCGUAUUUAUUUAUUUAUUUUAUUUUGUAGUUUGUUUAAUUUUUGUUUGUUUGUUUCUGUGAUAAAAUAUUUUAUAUCUUUAUUGCAUUUUUUGCUUGAGGCUCAGUAUGACGAAGUGGUGUAAUCCACUGAAGCUUUGAUGCAUUUCAUGCGGUACUGAUGAGGUAGCAUGCCAAUACAGCCGCUGGGAAUUUUUGGCGGGGAGCGAUGAGAUGCGUCUGUAUUGCAGGCUACGGAUCAGGGGAAUAGACAUUUACGUUUUAUCCCUCAUGCUUUUUCCUUUACCGUAAACUGCCGCUUAUAAACACCCCCCCACAAGUUAGGUCCAUCGGAUUACAAGCUCCCCUCGCGACAGGUGUCCCCCACCACUGAGCACUGCUAUAGCUUGUUUCGAGUACUUUUCUUAUUCUGGUUAUAAACCCCCUCGGAUUUUCGCCCCCGUACAUAAGCUCCCCCAACACUCCUUACGAAGAUGUAUAAGUCUAGGGCUUAAAAGCAGCAGUUUAGUCUACAAUAUUCUCAUUACCUUCAUUUUUAAUUAAGCUGUGAUAUUGUAUGGAGAAAUUACAUAGCGGUCACUAUUUAGCGCCUAACAGUCAGUCAAGCAAAAUCUCUAAAAACAUUUGCAUGUUGUUUUAGUGUCGAUGAUACCGAAACCAAUCAGCAGAUGGCUGCCAAAGUAGUCAAGGUAGGACGAACUUACAGUAACAGUCGUUUAAUGUGCGGUGAUUUUUUCUUUCUCAUUUAUUUACGGAGCUGAACAUUAACCAUUAUCUAUUUACUGGGACAAAAAAGGCAUUCGAUGUAUUUUUCAUGUUAACGACAUGUGCGACGCAUGUCACAUUUGGACUUAGUGAGUACUCGAGUUCCAUGAGUUCGCCCGUAGUUCAAAGGUUAGAGUGCCUAAACGGUGUUGUGGCGAUUUUUGGGUUCGAUUCCUUUUAUACUAGCGACGCUAUUUUUCCUUCGUCCCUUCCCAUGACUCCCCGCGCGCUUCAGCCUAACCGCAGUCUUCUCUCACCCCAAAUACACAUAAGCAGCGACUGGGUACGAGUCUGUAUGCAACUCUAACGUAAUAAUUUUCCUCCUCGCGGAGGCUUAAGGUUACAAAGAUGUUUCUCUGUUUGUCUUGUAGAUUUUCUUGUCUCCUGAGGAAGUUACAACUGAAGAACAAAGGAUUAUUGAAAAUGGUGUGCAAAAGGUGAACUCACGUUGAAUUGAAUCUUAACAACUGGAGCCAGAUAAAUAAAAAGUCGUCACGACGGUCCGACUUAACCACUAACGUCUGACGUUGAGCCCAGUAAAAGUAAGGUUAUCCAAGACAGUCUUGGAUCAUGGAUUCUACGCAGGCGUUGUGGUUUGCGGAUUCCAGGAAUUGGAUUCCGGAUUUCUCGUUUGUGGAACUUGGAUUCCGGAUUCCAAACGUUAGCGGCAUUCCGGAUUCCUUUAGCAGAAGUCCUGAUUCUAAGGCCAGGGAUUCCUGAUUUUACAAGCAAAAAUCUCCCUGGAAUCCAGAGUCUAGAUUGUCUUACACGGAGCGGCAAACUCUCUAUUUUAUUGCCAGUUAUUAUCGGUUACGUCUGACGUAGUAUUUAUGUGACUGGCCACAUUAAAAAAGCAUUUUUGUUAAUUGUCAAGACAGUUUCGAGAUCACGCAGUGAGGAUGGCAUAAUAAACAUCAUUGUGCAAGUCUGCUUGGUAUCUUUCACUUGAAUAGUCACACUUGGGUAUUUUGUUGAAUAACUAGUUCAAAUUAAACAUUUAAAAAUGUAGCACGACGUUUAUCUAGUAAGUUAGAGUUUUUUCGUUGGAUUUUAUUCUAGGCUUUGACCAAGGAAGUCAUCAGUGCGAACCGUGGGGAGAAUCCACAAGACUCGCUGGCGGAAAACAUCAUGCACAAGUUUGUCGAGGUUGCUAUCAAUGAAAGUUUUUAUUCACUAAAACUACUAGUUUGAUAAAUUUAUUUUGUUUACAAACGUUACGUAAAACCAUAGCAUCCGCAUGUUUCAGUCAUAACAAUGUAAGUGGCUAAAGAACCUACCACGUCUUGAAGCAGAUUUCUGUCAUCUUUGCUAAGCGCGGGAAAGCAUGCAUUUGAUGCCAAACGCGGGAAACAAACAUUGGCGGGUUAAAGCUUGCAAGCGAUGCAAGGUGAGAAAUCUGAUUCGCUAAUUCGGAGAUGAGUGGCGUUUCUCGAGAAACCGUUUCGCGCGGGUGUGGUGUACCGUAAAUGGCCUAAUAAAUGCCCACUUCCUAAUAAACGCCCCCUGUCUAAUAGACGCCCCCUAUGAGAAUCAAUCCAGAAUACUUGGAAUUAGCAAAAAGGAGCAAAAUCAUUCAACUCAUUCAGUUUUUUGCUUGAUCAACAAGGCUUUGCAUAUUUCGUUGUGUUUAAUGUCAAGUUCAAAGUAUGGAUAGACUAACUAUGACAACUCAAUAACCCUGAGCGAGGAUUCUGACAUCGAUGUUGGGAUUUGAAAGAGCUAUAUGGAUCUCUAGCUAGACGGGCAAGACGUAUCAAUUGAUGGGGUGGAUAUUCCGCUACUUUUAAACUUUCUUAAUAUUUUCGCCGAGUGCAUAUUGUUUUGUUGAGCUUGUUAUAGCUAAGAGCUCUCUCUGUUAAACGCCUCCUAUCUAUGAAACGCUCUCGCUUGAACCCCCACAAUUAAAUAGACGCCCUGAGCGAUUAUUAGGUCAUUUACGGUACACUGAAACAGAUUUUGACCUCUGCUUAUUUAAGUUUUAUCGAUCAGUCAGUCGAAAAGAGUCACAAUUUCAAAAAUCAUUUCAAAAAUCAUUUCGUCAUCUAACUCACUUUCUCUGCUCUUUGUAGAUCCUAGGUUCAGAUCAUGGCCAGAAGUUUGUUGAUGGAUUGUCUAAUAAGGCUGCUUUCUCCUGUCCUCUCCUUAGACUUUUCAAGUCAAGACAGGUACCACUCAGUCUGUUGCUGUGCUUUAAUCCGUUGAUUUCUGAUAACCUUUUUCAGCUUUUUAAAGGCCUUGAAAUUCUUUAGAAUACUCUUUUAUUUUUUUUCUCUGAAAUUUGAAAACUUUACCAGUCAAAUAUUGAAACGGAAAUAAAGGCAGUCAGCAACGACAGUCGACGGUCUCUCACGGUCUGAACUCGAGAUUUUUUAUUAGUAUUUUUGAAUUUUUCCACGCCUGCGCAGUAUUGAAGAGAAGCAUCACCCCAAAGAUCAAUGGAAAGAGAUCCUGGCGUAAUUUGUUUUCCUCGGUCUCUCGAGUGCAAUUUCCCGAGAAAGCUUGCCGGAUAUGGACGUUUAAAAGACCUUCAAUGUUAUUGCAUUUGCAUUAGUAAGCACCAAGAAAGGCAUGCUGUAGUAAAAAACAAACUGGAGGAAUCAGUAAUAAACGACAGUUAGAUGUAUACAUCUAUAUAUAUUGAAAUAUAUUACAUUUUGACGUCGUGUCGUGGUUUUGAAGACAAGGAAAGUUCUUGAAGAAUUAAUGUUACCCGUCAAAAAGAAUUAAAACAAGAAAAAAUGAAUGGUUUUUUUGUCUGUCUUAGGCUUGUUUUACGUACCAAAAUUGAAAGCAGUACGCCAGCUAACUUUAAACUUGUUUUGAUUGAUUUUUAGACAGCACUGGAAAAGAAAGGUGUGGAUUGUAGUUUUGUAAAAACCAUCAGUAAGCUUGCCAGUUACAGUCUUAAAGGUAUGUCAGUUCCGUGUGUAGUGAAGGAUGUGUGAUUUUCAGUUUCCAAGUAUCAUACUUUCAUUGAGUCCUUAACCUUUCAUACCGGUAAUCUGUUUAUAGGCGGGGCGUUAGGUGUCGCCAUUUCACAGUACAAGAAGCAGCUGGGAAUCACGGAACAGAAACAACCAGGCAAGAAAACUGUUCCUAUUUAAUUUGUAUUCACAUUUUGAUAAUGGCGUUUUUUUCCACGGUUAUACCGUUUUCCACUGGAUAAAUUUCUGUCCAGUGGAUACCGCAGUUGCUUUCCCUUAUAUUUGUCCGCUAAAUAGUGUUCCAUCCUAUGGAUAGUCAUAGCGCUAUCCAACGUUUAAACAACCGAGACCAGGCGUGAAUUCAGUAAAACGUUGAAAAGCAUAAGGGUAAUAGCACAAGUGUAGUUGUUGUUUUAGAGUUGAGAAACAAUAGCUACACUUAUAAAUUAAAGGUGUAGACGUUUUAAUGAAUGGAUGCCAGUAUCUACUUUCGUCUUAUAAGAUAGGUCCUUGGUCUUCUUAACCCUUAAAAGCCCCAGUAUCCACAUAAGAAUUCUCAAGACUGAUCUCCAUACAUUUCCUUAAGGAACUUAUUUGAGAGAAUUUGAUAAAAUAUCAAAGCAUUUUCCUUAGGUGAUCGUUUUAUUAAUUGUGAUAACUUUUUGUUUUCUUUAUUACGUAUGGAUGUUGUCAGGAGAAAGUUGAUGUUGUUCCCUCUCGGGAACAGAAGUGUUAACAUAACAUAAAGGUUGUGAGGGAAAAAAGGAAAUGAUCGCCAAAGAUAAAUUAUAUGAUUGUCACAACAAGUGGCAUAUUCCAUCUCGUUCAAUUCGUCAAUUUUUAACAAAUUUUUCUGGAGUUGAAUUCUAAAAUACUGUAUCGAAGUCCAUGAAAAGAAAAAGAAAGUCGUUGUCUUGUGUUCACAUUUUGCACAAAACGUGAAAUUAGGCACUUUCACGUUGUAGUCGUGCAGUGACGGCAAAAAAAAAAUGUACAAAAAAGUUUGAUGCACGUGCAAAGUUGUUGUUUUGUUUAUCUAAACCUGUUACUGUUUUGACGUUCUCGUUGACGUCGCCGUCAUCGUUUCCUAAGCUCCCUAUUGCUGUUCCAGAAAAAUGAAACGGCGGCCAUGUUGGCGUCCCAAACAAAUCCUGUAGGGGUUCCUUAAACGCUUUCUUUUGUCGUCAUGAAUUUGCAUAGAUGCUGGCCGCGUGGGUGAAAAUGCUCUAUAAACCCUAUUAAUAUUAGUUUACUGUUAUACUUGAAGCUUACCAAGAUUUUUUCCUCCUUCAGGUGACACAAUCCUCGAACAGCUGGCUUCAGACAAAAACACUGAUGACAUUGCCCUUGUUAAAAAAUUUAUUUCCGCCUCGAAAGAUCGCGCGGUUAAACCAGAAUCUGUUACUGUGGAUUUGGCAGUCAAAGGUUUGUUAGAAAGUUUCUUUUCCAGAAUUGUUUAAUUUGCAUUAAAAUGUUAAACAAAUUUGACUGUAGUCUUCAAUAAAUGGGUAUGAGUUUGUAGUGUUCCAUCUAAGAGAUUUAAAUACAGGAUGUGGCCUAUUUUCGCGGGUCUAAAAUUCUCAGUGUACCUUUGGUUCGAUUUUUCGUGACGUCAUUCGGCUGCCGCCAUUAGAGAGUUUUAGAUUCGAGGACGAGAACGAUAAGGGGUUCUUCAGUACUGCAAAUAUUCUCCUCCGUCGAUUUGUCUUCUUACUGUUCUUGCUAUGUUUUUAGUUAAUAGUUCGCCUAUUUCUUCCUCGUGAAACGAGUGAAAUGUUCCGCCAUUUUGUACUCACUACAAAACAACUGAACCUCGUCCCCAGUUCUUCUCGGUUAACUGUUCAGUUUUCUGGCAAUUAUGCUGCACAAUUGACGUGAAUUUUCACAUAUCGUAAAAUUCUUCCAAAUUUGGUCGACAGUGGCAGGAUAUGAUGAAUUAUGCGUGGGAUUUUAGCCAAUCAGAAACAGAGAAAUCUUUGGAAUGAAUAAUAAUUUGUUUUAACUUUCCUUCGUGAAUUAUUAAGCAGUUUACAUUGUUCAUUUCAGCUUGUUUGAAAGUGAGAAAAACAAACUCUCCGCUUUUUGAGGAUUUCAUCCAGGCCAUUGUGGAAACACUUAUAUCUGGGCACAGCAGAACUGACUCGAAGUCUGCGUCUGCAGCAUGGACUCCUCAGCAGUCUCUCCCCUUAAAAACAUGCUCAGAAAUCCUUGUUCAGCUGUUGGAACAGUCCAAUGACUCUGAUCCAUCGCUUGAUCACUUGGUCAGUGGUCUGUUAGUAGACUGGUGCGAGAUUGUGGAUCCGGAAAUUGUUCAUGUGCAUCCUCUUCUGCAGAGAAUGCUCUUGUUCCGAGACAGACUGAGCAUGCCCAGUUGUGAUAGGUCACUGACCAGUCACGAAGAGCGCUCGCCGUCCGCCUAUCUGUUGAGCUUGCUAACACACCGAGCACGCUGGGAAACCCUGCAGGACUGUUUGGACUGGCUUUUGGGUCAUAACGGUGACGAAAACAGGUAAAAUACGGGGCAAUAGCUAAAAGGUCUCAAAGACUCGGCUAGAAGGUCAAACAUUUUGGUCCAACUUGAUGUUUGUCACACCCAACGUAAGUGAGCCAAAGAUGAUUGAUCAUUGUAAGCCCACAUAACGCUUUAAGCGUGUUACCACUGCUAUACUACUACAUGAGAAAUUUCUGCACUUUGAUUGGCUCAGAGCAGUGGUAUUUCAGCUUAAUUUGAAAUACCUACGUGUGAAAAUUACAAUUCUUUUGUGGGUAGUAGUAUAGACAAAUGAUAGCAUGAUUUGUACGUGAUAUUUGGCAUAAAUACCUCUCGUGAUAUUUCAAAAUUGUCUCAAAUUUCACUCGCCCAACGGCUCGUGGUAUUUAUGCCAAAUAUCACAAUAAAUCAUGCUAUUACGUACACAAAUUAUGGCGUUCUGAUUGGUUGAUUUUACCGGCUUGGGCUUACAGUCCAACCUCUCCACAACGGCCACCUUGGAGACAGAAGAAAGUGGGCGUUGUGGAGAGGUGGCCGUUAUGGGGAGGUAGGGAGGUAAUAUGACAAUUUUUUAGGGAGUACAACAUGUUUAUUGUGCUAACUUCAUGCUUGCUGUAUCAUAAUAGUAAUGCAACCAUAUAUAAUAAUUAUAUACAGAUACAAUGCCCAAAAACUUGACUGUCAUCAAAAUGGUGGAUGAAACAACGAAAGCCAAUUAUUUAAAUGCGAUGUGGAGAUAGGCAGCUAAACGAAAAAACAUGCUCUUCCAACACGAUGUGGGACGAAAAUGUUUGGUCUUUUAUCUGGGGCGUUACAAUCAAGCAUUUGUCCAUUACAGAAAAAGUCCAAUGAAAAUGUUUCAUUUAGAGCAAACAUGGGAAACUAGCUAAGAGCAAAGUUGAGGAAGGUAGUAAAACAGCCAAGCAUGCUCGGCUUCCGCCACGAUGCUGAACAAAGAUGAGUGUGUGAUCAUUUAGCUUUGGUUUGGUUAGGAAAAAAGUUAUUUGCUAACUGGAUGAGUGACCUUAAAGCAGGUGGUCUGCUGUCGACGUCUAAUUAUUUAGUGAUUGAAUGCUUUAUUAUCCAGAGCCACCGAAACGGAAACAGGGAAUAAUACUUAUUGUGACUAAAGGGGUCGCGCAGAAGAAAUAAGUACUCUCGACUCUCGCUGUUAAUUUAUUUGUUUCUUUUUUUUUUUUUCAAGGCUCAACCCAACCGCCGCUUUAGAUUUUGUGUGGACUUGUUUCCACAGUCCCCGGCUCUGGCAAGGAAGGGAUCAAAAGUCUACUGCUGUGGGCAGCCAAGGAACAAAUUCCGUACGUUCAUUCACCUUUUUCUGCACUUGUAUUUGUGGCCGAGUGGUUAUAUGAAAAAGUUGUUUUUUUUACAAGUGCAAAUUAAGUCUUGCGUUACUUUAUUUAGCUUACAAGUUCAUAGAUAACUUUAAAACCAAAAGAAAUGGGGUUUUUUUUGACAGAAUGGUUUCAAAUACAGAAAAAAUUUACAAACCUUUUGAAGAAAUGUACCCGCAGUAGCUAAAUCAGUGCUUUUAUGUUUAUCGGCAAGAAAACGUAACGGCUCUUCGGUCGUUUGCGCCGCGCCAAAAUUAUAAUCGUUGGCAGCAAUCAAUGUGUUAAAAAUCAUCAUUUUUGGCUCAAUUAUCUCACUGUUUUAGUAUAUACUAAAACAAUUAUUCAUUUCAUUGUCGAUGGCUAGUGAUGGAUAUUUACCCCACUAGCCACCUCCACUUUGGCGAUUAAUUGUUAUAUAUUAUUCUACAACCCUUAGAACCAUUUGAACUUGUGUGAAAUACUUUUUUUUUUUCUUUUUCUCUCUCUUGAAGGCUGUGUUUGAAGAACCUGUUUUAGAUUUAAAUCCAGCUCAGAUCUCUUCUCUGACCAGUUUAAUUUUAUCCGAGCUUUCUAAUAGUGUCGAGGAGUGGUGUUUGAAAAAAGGUACGUCGAGUUGAUUGCUUCACUUUUGAAAUGGGUAAGAGUCUAAGACCAAGAAGAGGUAUCUUAACUUUCUUUUUUCUUUUAAGGUACCACUUACACAGACUUUCUUGAACAAACAAUAGAUGGCAAAACUCCAUACGUGUCAGAGGAAAUAAGGUACGGAUCGAAAAGUUAGGGAAAAGGUGUGAAAGUAGAGAAAUGAAAUUUAAACUUGAAAAAUAAGAAACGGUUUCAUAGGAAUGGCAAUCGCUUAGCGCAAAUCGGUUUUCGCGGAUUGUACACCCCUUAACCGCUUCCAUCUCAGUAGUUUUGCACUUUUUCAUCAAAAAAAUUUUUUGUGUUUUUCUCUGCAGAACCUUUUUAGCCUCGGUGAACAUUUAGAAAUGUAGUAUUCCACUGAACUAGUUCGGAGAAACGGUAGUCUCUCUCCUUCUCUUUGGAGAUCUCAUUAAUCCAUCGCAAUGUUUAUUGGUCGACCGUGAAAACCCUGUUGCGAGGUAGUGGUACUGUUGAUAACAAGAUUUACGCCACGGUUAGAUUGCUUUAACAAUUAUUGUGGGCGACAAGAGGAGCACGCAAUCCUAAUAUCCAGGUCGUUAUUACGCAUGCGUCGCAUGAAUGUAGCCGGCAUUCAUUUGGACUUCCACUAAGAAUUAAUGAAUGCAUAAAACGCAAGUUGAUCACGCGCGUUUCGACCUUCUACCCCUCGUAAUCUGAUCACGCGUGUUUUGACCAUCUGUCACGUGAAACCUACACAAAGCGUAGCGUUGGAGCAAAUGCGUUUGGACAUCCGAUCGUUGUCGCCCGCACUCCCUAACCUUUGGUUAUUUAUAGUUUAUUCCUUCAUCUCUUUAUUUUAGAGAGAAUGUAGAGCAGUUUGCUUCGAAAGUUAUCGCAACUCGACUUCAGUUAAUCUCGUUGUGUUGCCAUGGUGACAAGAGGAAGAUUCAAUCCGUUGUCCGUUGUACAUUGAACAGUAAAAGGUAUUUGUGCUAGAAUUUUUUUCUCUGACCUACAGAUUAUACAUCCCAAUGUAAAAAUGUGAUAAUUUUUUUCUGUUGAAUCUGAAUAAGGAUUAAACGAUAUUUGCCCUUGUGCUUUUCUCCUAGGAAGAUUUAAUCAUUAUUGUUUCGUCUACGCAUCACGCAACGCCACUACUCUAGUAGAAGCGUUGCGUGACGUCCCCAAAUGAUGGCUACGUAGCGUACUACCUGCGUGCAGACGUGUCUAAUUUAUUUGUGUUUUGUUGUGUUAUGAAACAGAGAUAAGGAACGUCUGCACUCAGACUAAAGAGUAUGGGAUCUUAAGAGCUUCUUUUUCUGUCGCUAGGUGGUCGAAAUGGCUAACAGCCCAGUUUCUUGUUCAACUUUAUCUCGCACAACCGAGGGUGAUGAGGAGUAUUAAAGAUUUUCGUUCCCUAACAACGUCCGGAGCAAUCACUCAAUCCAGUGUUUGUCAGGUAAGAAAUCAUGACUUUCUUACAUAACUUUUUGUACUUUUUAUUUUCUCCUCUUCAUAUAAAAUACAAUUACUUAUAACGCCAAAAAUAACGGGGAAUCUCACGAUAUAAAUUUUGAAACUAAUUAUUCCAGGAUAAAGUAGAAAGUACAAAGAGAGGAAACGAGAAAACUUUGCUAACAAUCUGACAAAGUGGUGCUAAAAUCUUUUAAGAUUUGUCGUUGCAGACUGACCUCGUAAGCGGACAUAAUGGUACCUUCUUUUAUUAUUAUUUUUUUACCAAAGAGUAACAAAAAAUAAAUAACCAUAACUGAUAAAACUAUAACUACAACUGAUAAAGGAUCUAAGGUUUGUCGUUUACACAAUUGUUCAGAAUCCUUACAGUGUUCUCAUGAUUCUCCAAACUGGUUCGAAUAUCGUAGGUACUAUUAAUCUUCCCUUGGUUGAUAGUCCUGUAGCCUAACUUAACUGUCGUUUGACUUCUUGAUUAGUUGGAUGUCCUGUGUCACCGUGUAUUGACAACUCUUGCUGAUUCUAAGCCGGGUAAAGAAUAUGAAGAUAGAGCCUAUAACACAAGUCUGUUGCUACGGAAACUGGCCUGUCAACAUCCCAUGCUGCUUCUUAGGUAUGUACAGGGAUUUUGUUACAAAUAGUUAUGGUGAGUCCUGGGACUCAUCUUGUGAAAAAUCAUGAAUCUCAGUCCUGAACCAAUGAGUCCCAGUUAAAAACAAAACGAGUCUGAAAUGGAAAAUGCUUGGGCAUUUAUGCAAGAUAGUUAAUCUGAAGACAGACUCCAAAAUUCUGUACUACAGUAUACUGAAGUUAAAAUAUAGUCCUUCAUUUUAAAGCACAACAAAGGCUAAAAGAAAUAUCCAUGGUUAAACAACAGCCAUAAUAACUUCCACAGAAAUUACACGAACGGGCCGGAUAUUUCCACAAAUACACAUGUUCAGAUCGAUCGAAUGAAUUAUUUCGCUUCUUUAGGGAUUUUUAUGCGUCAGGGACGCAGGACGCAGAAGUAUCCGAAAAUCACUGUAAUGUAGGCUGAUGGCCCGGGGAUGGGUACUCGAGGGACGUUUUGGUAGAAGUGUGCCGCCGAGGCCUUUGAACCCUGAUUCUGUUUACAGGGUUCGUACAGACUCUUCAGAAAUCUUGAAAAAGUCUUGAAAUUUGCUCAGCUAUAUUCUAGACCUGGAAGAAGUCUGGAAUGAAACUGGAGAUAAAGUCUGGAAAAAUGACUGAUAUAAAGUGCUUUGUAAGCGAAAUUAUUGUCGUUUUGGGCAAAUCUUACCCAUUCUCGCUGGUAAUCUUUGCACCUUUGGGUCUAAGAAAGAUCCUGACAAAAUUCAGGCUUGAUGUGUGAUUUGAACCCUAUCCUUUUUGAUAAGCGGACGCGGAGUGAGUUAAAUGAUUCGGGUAGUAUGGCCAAAGUCGUUACGUUAAAAUGACUCCAUUUUGCUCUCUCUAUGAUCAGGCCCUCUGGAUCAUUGGGCAUUGUCUACCUCCGUAAAAUCUUUUUUCGCUUUAUAUUCUAAUUCGCUACCCCGCUCAAACGAAUAUAAAACAUUUAUCUUGUAAUAAGCAACCACAAUUAGGGUGUGUCAACACGACCCUUGUGCAAACCUCUUUAUUAUGCCUUCAUCAACAAAAAGGAUGGGAAUGAUACAACAAACAGAAUGAAAACUCGGAAAGGUAUAAAUACAGCAAGAAAACUACUCUACAAAACGAUCUAAACUAUGCUCGUACAACAAUGAGACGGUAAACGUGCUAAGCCUUUCAUAUAGCAGCAUGCAAAAACUACGUCUAAGAGACACUGAUAACCCCUAGCCACUGGGUAUUUAAUUAUGAGGUCGUAGUCACGUUCGUAAGAAUGAAUAUAAAUGGAAACGACUCAAAUAUAUAUAGCCUACCGUCAACGAAGCAAUUGUAACAGCAUACCAUGUAACACCCCAAAGAAAGGGUCACAUAACCCAUGGUAAAUACAUUUCUUUUUGUUGCUCUGGUUAUUUUUCAACAGCUCCUUCUCAAAUCAUUCGAUGCAUAAGUUUGCCUAAGUCACCAUGAUUUCAAAACUGCCCGCCACCUUGUACCUUGUUGUCAGUUGAUCGUUUGUACCGGUCUAAAUGCUUUUUACUUUAUAAUAGUUAUAUUAUUGUUGUAGGCACCUCCCGAUGAUAGCUGCACAACUGAGAGGUCGAGUUCAUCUCAAAUCUAAAGAAUUUACAAACCAGCAGCAUCUGCUCGUGUUCUCUCACAUCUUGGGAAUGUUGGAUCUUCUCAGGCCCCAUAUCUUCAGACAUGAUAAGGUUUGUCUUAAUCCCCAGGCGAAAGCCGUUAAGGACUAAGAGAAAUUACAUGCGAAGGAGUUCAUGUAAUAUGUUGUCGUGUAUCCAGAUUACCAUCACUGCAGUGGUUUUUGCUUUAUUGUUGUUGUUGUCAUUUAUUUAUUUAUUUAUUUUUUGUUUGUUUGUUGUUUUUAUCUCAAUAAAUUGCUAAUGAGUUUGAGAGGCGAAGCCAGACUUUCAAUGAAGGUCUACGUCCCUUCAACAGUCAUUUUUAUAGUGAAGUUCCCUAUCACCAAACCGUAAACCCUUAAUAAAUAACCUUACAAAUGCCCACUCGCCACUGAACGUCCCAUAUCGUAUUAACACCUCCACCAUGAGUCCUAGUUGGCUCAUCGCUACUCUCUAGACCAAUCAAAAUUAAAACCAAACCUGAACGUGACUUGCUGUGACCUGUUUUCCCGCGCUUGGCACCAACUUCAAGUAUUUGCUUCGAGUUCUGAUUGGUUCAUUUAAUUGCUUUCGUGUGUUGUUAUUGGUCAGUUGGUUUUCUUUCUGUUACACUCAACGGCUAUUUGAAUAUUGUUUUAACAGCUAAUCCAAGAAGGCUUACGGGACAUUUUAGAUGCUUACUUUGGUCUUAUCCAGGUAAGACAGUAAAAACGGACGCUAUUUACAACCCUGCACCAAACGGUACCACAAGGAAUUAUGUACUGUUGGGUAAUCAGCAUUAAUCACCUCGCAAUGGAAUCGCCUUGUAGAGCUCAAUCAACAGCGUACCACAGGCUGAUUCAGCCUUAUAAUUUAUUGAAAGUGCUGAGAAAGUGUCCCACGGGUCACACUUCAGCUGGGCCCGCUUCCUGAAAGGCCGAUUAGCGCUAAUCCACGGUUAAAAUUUUGUUCCAUUCUUGUAUUUUACCUCCCCUCAGUAUGUAUUGGUUAGAGUAACAUUUUGUGCUAUCAUUACUGUAUCUCGCAGUGAAGGCUCAACAGUAUUUUGUAAGCUUGAGUAGCAUGUUCUUAGAGAAGAAAACUUUACAUAAUUUGGCUUAAUCCUGGGUUAAAGUUAACCACCUUUCGAGGAACCUGGCCCUGGGUUCCAAUCACAAAAUCAAGGGUUAAAACCACCGUGCACUGCAAAUACAAACAGUACCAAAGUUAGUACUUCUCAGUAGCUUUCAUACUUACGGUCGCACUGUAGGAUACCAUCCAGUCGUAUUGUACUGGCCCGGGUUUUUCAAAGUUGGGUUAAGAUAACGCAGGGUUAGUGUGAAAUAUGAUUUCAGAUACGAAAGCUUCAAAAAAAGCUACAAUUUGAUGAUGGAUGCUCUAAAAAAAGAUAGAGAAAAUUAUCUCAGAAAAUCCUUUUGAGCAAAAGAAAAAGAAUCCCAGGUCAAAAUUUAACCGCGGGUUAGCACCAGUCGACCACAAAGGAUCUCUGUUCAAACGCUUCUUUAACGCUGGGAGAAAUAUUGUGUGGCGAUAAGUUGUGUUCUGUUACGUAACGCUCAGUUUGACUUUCGUUUCCUUCUUUCGUUUCUUUCCUUUUUUUUGUGGCCCUCUUCCAGGCCGGAUGUCUUCAUAACAAAGAAGUAGCUGCUGUUGUGACAAAAUUAAUGGCGUUUCUCCAUCAUUUCUGCGCCGAGAGUCCGGAUCAUGCUUUUUCAAUCCUUCACAAGCGAGCUCCGUUAUUUCAGUAAGUAGCACAUUUAAUUCAUGGCCUGUGAGUAGACUAAAAGAGGUGUGUUUAACCGAUCUGUUUCUUGUAGACUGAUCUCUGUGCUACAAGAUCUGAUCUCCACCUUCAUAUCAUUACGCUCUAAAACAUAAAAAGCUCUCGUAAGUUAACAAGAAAUUCGCCUCUUUCAAAUGUGUGGGAGAACCAUUGCCCGCUUCGGGUAGCAAUAAGAGCUUCGAUUGGUCAAUGGUUGCGUCGGAAACCAUCACAUUAUCAUGAUAAAAAGUGACCGUUAACGCAUUCCUUUGAACAAAGGUACAGACCUCCAGGCUUGGGUGAACAAAAUACAGUGAUUUGUAUUGUCCACCCAAGCUGCGCCUCAACCUCGUUUCACUGCGAGUGUUUACUGGAGCAGAAUACAGGAAAUACAGGUCUAAUGGUUACCUAAACGAAUCUAGAAGUUCAAGAGUGAAAUUAAUACUGGACUUCUACGCAGUAUUACACUCUAAGUCUAUUUUUUUGUUUGUUUGUUUUCUUUCAAUCCGUUUGGCAGCAAUUGUGAGAAACCGUUUCACGGGUUUUAAGUAAAACCACUCUUUUGCUGAAAACUGAUGCUUAGCGUCUCAAAAAUAAUCAUACGUCUUUGGUGAAGAGGUUAACAUCAAAAAUCGUUUACACAAGGGUACCUGAGGCUUCUGUUGCAAGUUGUUCAUAUCGCCACUUUUCUUCUAAAUUUGACAAUUGCACCUGUGAUUCUCAGGGACCUGUUACAAGAUUUCCCUGCCCUCCCCUCCCUCCAGUGUGUUGUUAGCGCGAUGUCACUUACCUGGACUCCGCACUACGAGGAUCAAUUGACACCAGUUACCACUCAGGAGGCCUCAGAUGAGGGCGCCUCCACGAGCAUCCAACCCAAGAUCCGGUCCAUUAUCACACCGCCCGAGAAUGUCACGUGGUCAACUGCGCAGCUCGCUCCUUUUGUACAACGGCUUGCCCCUGGCCAACCAGUUGAAGGUAGAGUGUUUUAAAUUGUGUUUACAAUAAAGAUAAUAAUUAACAAUAAUAAUAAUAUAUGUUCUUAAGCGAGGGUAAACUCCUUAGCUAAAGUGCUGUUAUCAACUGAAAGAGUUUUGACCUCUUCUUGUUUUUAAUCACAGACGUGUCGAAGGUUCUUGUUGAUUUAGACGAAACCUCUAAACGAAGAGUGGACAUUUUAGAACAUUUUGUGGUGAGUAUUUUUCCUUGUCUCGUACCGCUUGGCAUAUUCUGUUCCCAAGAUGGAUAUAAAGAAAUGAUUUAGCCUUCUUGCUCUAAAUUGUGACCAUUCUUCCAAAAACAGAUACGGAUGAAUCCUGAUUUUUUUCGUUAAAUAUUCAUCCAAAAUAUUUCUCCGUUUCUGAUCCAUAUCAGCCAGUUAUUAUUAUUUAUGAAAAAAAAAAACGAGUCAGCAUUUGCCACAUUUGGAAACCUACGGUUUUGCAUGUCCGUUAUAUCACACCCCGCCUACUCCAACAACUGUGUUUAUCAUUACGGUUUUUACGUGAAAAUUCCUCCAAAUUACAUUUUAUUCUUUCGUUGUUGUUGUAUUUCUUCACAGUGUACGAUUAAAUAUUUUGGUCUGAAGUACUAGUUGUUUUUUGUAGCCCCAUUUGAUUCGACUUCUCUCAGAUGCUACGAGCAGCCAUAGGACCCAGGCCCACACACUUCUCCUGCGACAUAUUCGACAGAGUCCUGGGUAAGCUAAUGUAUUUCUCUACUAAUGUAUUGCGGGCGACAAGAGGAGCCCGCAAUCCUAAACUCCAGGUUGUUAUUACGCAUGCGUCGCAUGUAUAUAGCCAGCAUUCAUUUGGACUUCAACUUAGAAUGAAUGGAACGCAGAGAACGCAAUUUGAUCACGCGCGUUUGGACCUUCUAUCACCCGUUAUCUGACCACGCGUGUUUUGACUAUCUGUCACGUGAAACCUAUGCAAAGUACAGCGAUGCAGCAAAAGCGUUUUGACAUUCGAUCGUUGUCGCCCACACUCCGUAACCUUUGGUUAUUACUAGUUAGUAUAACGUGUUUUUGUGUUCUAGGAAUAUUUCAUAAAAGUAUGUAUUAUUUUUUUAUGUUUUCAUGUUUUUAGGUAUUGCGUUUUACUAUUUUUAAUAAUGUAGUAAAGAAAAGCCAAUUUUUCAACUAAUUGAGCUUUUUCGGUGCUUCUUUUCACUGUCACAGAACUGCUCACAAGUUUGUGGACGCGUACAUGGAUUGUCUGAACAGCUCAGAGCCUGAGGUAGUUUUGACUGCUGCAAAAUUCCUACCCGAAUUUGUUGUUCUGGACAAUGGUAAGUAGACCCUUAAUUAUAAUCUGAUAUUUUCCAGCUUGUGAACUGACGGCUGGCCACCCCAGCUAUUCCAGAAAUCAUUUCGCUUAAAGCUUGGUACCAUUCUCCCUGUAGUUUGUGGAGUAAAAAAUAGGCCAUAUCCGAGUUGCAAAAACCUUCAAUUUCAAAAUGAGGACAAGUGCACAACCUUUCUUGUGAAAAUGAAUGGUAUUUCCAUGAGAAUGAAAAAUCAUUUCUAUAUAAAAGGCUGAGCACUUAACCUCGUUUUGAUGCAGAGGCCCGGAAGAACUCGGAAAUGGCCUAGCGUUUGCAAUUCGUCAGGUUCACACCGGCAAGGAGACUAUCAGUUGGAUAAUUCAUGAAUUAUAUUUACAGUGAAAUUAACUCUCUUUAUAAUUAUGGAUAAACAUUGGCAUCAUCAGGGUCUUCUUCGCUUGCUUUAGUUUGGGACUGCUAACUUAUUGUUCGCCAUUCAUUAGUUUCACACCUCAUGAGGUCCAUUACCCGGGGGGUACUCCCUAUAAUGGCCUAAACAGGGAGGUUUCACCCGUAAGGGGUACUUUUUUGAGGCCUUCAGAGGUAUAUGAAAAGAGGGAUUUAACUAUCUGAAGUGUAUGAAAGGGUAGGAGAACCUGUCAUUGUGAUCUCUAACAGGGCUAACAGACCCAUUUUAUGGCGACAAGAAAACUCCCUUGUUAAGUGAUUUAUUCAUAUAUACGUCAUACUGGCAUGAGGACUGCACCACUUUUUUCCUUGGAGACGCCCCCUCCCUUCUGAUAUUAGGGAGCUUAAGCAGCGACGUUUUUGAGCGACGCACGUCAACCGGAAGUGAGGUAUUUUCCCUCUUAACAUGCCUUGAUGAUAUAAAAUUGGUACUCCUUAGCUUCUUUACUGUUAUAGAGGCGAUUUGACUGAAAAUUUGCGCGAAACCACCGUCAAAAAAUGAAAAAAGGCCACUUCCGGUUGACGGGCGUCGCUCAAAAACGUUGUUGCUUAAGCUCCCUAUUAAAAAAGAGACGGUGCGUUUACAGCAUUUAAAAGGGAUGCAAAGAUCUAAACUAGUUACGUGAAAGGGCACCAUUUAUCAUAAGAAGGUAUACGAAAAGGGUACCUUUGCUAUCAAAAAUGGUAUAUACAAGGGUAAGGGGUUGGACUGCGGGGCGGAACCUCCCGGUUUAAAACUUUGUUGUGCAUACCCCCUUCCUCGGGAGGGAACUUUUACCACUAGCUGAUAGGCAAAGGCAUUUUUGAGCGACGCGCGUCAACCGGAAGUGAGGCUUUUUCCCUUUUAACCCUUAAAACCCUGAUAUCAAAAUCCAAAUUCUCAUUUGUUGUCCCUGUAUGUUUUCAACAGAAGCAGUGGGCAGAAUUUGUUGAAGUAUCAAUUAGAUUCAUCUUGUGUGAUCAGGCCCUCAAUUCUCAUGACCACUGUGUUUAUAAAGCAGUGAUAUUAAAGGAGAAAUUUGACGCUGAUCACUCUUAGGGCUUAAAGGGUUAAUAUGCCCUUACGUUACCAAAUUUGUGUCGCUAAGUGUCUUUACUCUUGUAGAUGCGAUUUGCUCGAAAAUGUGGACAAAACCUCGGCCCAGAAAGUCCAGUUGCGGUUGACGUCCAUCGGUCAAAAACGUCCUUUGCUUAAGCUCCCUAAUAAAGGGCUGUUUACAGGAUGAUUUCGUCCAUUUUAUUCGAAGUGUUUUUUUUUUUUAGACUGUUCACAGUCCCCUGUUUUUCAGUAAAAUCGUCGAGAUCGGGCUCUUACCAGUACGGGCGGCCAACUUGGUUUCAUAUGUUCCGACUCUAGCCUGGCGAGGAGUUUCAAAUCUCCUUAUGGGGCGGGGGACGGUUUGGGAGGAGGUUAGCCUGCUACACAGCCGACUCUAAAAACGGCUGUGUAGCAGACUAGGAGAAGGCAAGAAUAAAUAUCAACCCCGACGUCCGCCCCCCUCGGUACAGAUGAAACCAAGAUGGCCGCCCGUACAUGUAAGCGCUCGAUCCUGACGAUCUUACAAAAAAAAUAGGGGACUGUGAAUAGUCCAUGGUAUUUUAAGCACCGUUUUUAUCGAUAAGUGUACGUGCCUCGCUUGUAAAGACAAACGGUACACUAAAGUUCAACUAUGCAUCAUCGAAUUACCGAGAACUUGGCUGCGGUAGAUUGCGCUGAAAUCGUCGUCUGUUAACACGCGCGAUUUUGGGUUGCAACCCAGUGCGUAGGUCAACUUUCACGUCGCGUAACAAUCGCCGGUGUGAACGGCUCUCUCAUGUUCUACUGAGUUUUCGUUUUUGUUUCUAGAACACUCCGACUCGUUACUCCAAAAGAUGUUUUCUCUGGCAGUGUACGAGGCCCAGGAUGUCGGCAUCCCCUUGUUGCAAAGUAUUCAGCUUCUUAACUUGCACUGA